GGUUCAGCAUUGCUGUUAAGGGGCAAGUAAGUCCUUGACCACAGAUGUGGGAGCAAGAAGGAUGUCAGGGCAGAAAUUAUGUGGAUGGGUGGCACACUUGACACAGGACAAACACAGUGCUGUUCCUGCAAGUCAGAUGUCCCACAGGGUAGUGCAGUAACAUCUGUUCCUACUCUGGUGUCCCUUACCUGGAUCCUGGUAGCACAGGGGGGAAUUCAUAGAGAUUAUCUGGUUUCCACCCUCUCAGAUGCAUCCCCUAGAUACAUGCAUGAAUGCUGCAUUGCUGGGAAGAGGCUGAUUACCAUUUUCUGAUGCUGCUAUCACCCUAUGGGGGUAGUUUCAAAGGUUGAAUCAGUAGGAAAAGAAUUCCAGAGUCCUGCUGCUGUGUUUCCACAUCCUCAGCGCUUCAGGACAUGAUCCUCUCAGCAGACCUGAUUAGGUUUGUGAUUAAUGCCUGUUUGUUUUCCUGAUGGGCCUAAAUGAAGUCUACAACACCUUCGUGUCAUUCUGGCUUUAACAUCACCACAGACAGCAGCACAGCAACUGUAAGCUUUGGUCAUCACUGUGGAAUUCCUGGUAUGAGGAGACAGAGCUCAGGGUAGAGAGAGGAUCCUUGCUGAACUUCUGUAAUCAUGAAGACAGUGAUUUUGAUUGUCUUAAUCAUCUUCACUUUGCUGUCUUCAGGGAAGAAAUUCCGAUGGUGCACCCUUUCUGACCUAGAGCAGAGGAAGUGUGCUGAACUGUCUAAAGCACUCAUGGCUGUGGUGCCCCUUGCUGCUGCCAAUUCAUUUGCCAGGAUUUCUUGCAUCAGAGCCCACAACACAUAUGACUGCAUUGAUAAAAUCAGGGUGAAUAAAGCAGAUGCUGCCUCCUUGGAUGCUGGAGAUGUUUACUCUGCUGUAAAGCUCUAUGGUUUGACAGUUGUGGCAAAGGAAAUUUAUGACCAAGGAAAUUGCGUGUUUGCUGUGGCCAUUGCCAAACGAGGAACUCUGGACAUCCGGAGGCUACGAGGUGUGCGCAGCUGCCACAAUGGAGCCAGGUGGACAUCCGGCUGGAAUAUUCCACUUGGCUUUCUUCUUGCAAGCAACGAUCUUUCCUGGGAUGAGGCACAACCUCUGAGUCAAGUAGUCAGUGAAUAUUUCAAUGCAAGUUGCAUCCCUGGGGUUGGUGUUGCUGCUCCUCAACUGUGUGCUCUCUGCCAAGGACAAAAAUCCUAUAUCAGAGACAAGAACCACUUCUGUGAGACGAGCGGUAAUGAACCAUUUUAUGACUCUGAAGGAGCCUUCAGGUGUUUGAAGAAUGGAGUGGCAGAUGUUGCCUUUUUAGAUCAUCUAACAAUUAUGAGUGCUACAGAGUCAGAGCAACAAGAAUAUGAACUCCUAUGCCCUGAUGGGACUACAGCUGAGCUGACUGAGUACAGCACUUGUAACUUGGGCAAGGGGCCUGGACGUGGCAUCAUCACCCGCCACAACUUCCAGAAGAUCACCCAUAAAUUUCUCACCAUGAUCCAACGCCUCUUUGGGCGAAAAGGAAAGGAAAGAGCCAGGUUUGAACUCUUCACUUCAGCACCCUUUGGGGGAAAGAACCUGCUGUUCCAGGAUGCCACUCAGCACCUACAGCUUCUUGAGGAGCAGCUGGAGAUUGCCUAUGUCCUUGGUCUGGACUAUGUAUCUCUCCUUAAGGGACUAGGACAUGAAGGCAGCUUUUUGGACAACAGCAUUGUGCGCUGGUGCUGCAUCAGUGAUGCUGAGCUUCACAAAUGUGAGGAGUGGGCACUGAGCAUCAAAUCUGACCCAUUGGUCUGUGUCCAAGCAACUUCCACGACCAAAUGCAUUGAAAUGAUCAAGAGUAGUGAGGCUGAUGCAGUCACUCUGGAUGCAACACAUGUCUACAUUGCAGGAAAGUGUGGAUUGGUGCCUGUAGCUGCAGAAUGUUAUGGGGGAGAUUGUGCCCAGACUGCUGAGAGCAUGGGGGAAAUGAGGAAGCUAAUUCAUCUGGAGCGCAAAGCACUGCCACCUGUUUAUGCUGUUGCACUAGCUAAGAAAAAUGCCAAACAGAUUAACAUCCAUAAUCUUAGGGGAAGGCGAUCCUGCCACAGCCACCUAUAUAGUCCUGGAGGAUGGUUACUUCUUUCCAGAUAUGCAUUAGGAGCUCUGGAGAAUGACACUGGGAGCUGUGAUAUUGGCUCUGUUUACCAGAACUACUUUUGGAAGGGCUGCAUGCCAGGAGCAGAUGGAAACCUGUGCAAGGUGUGCAUUGGAGAUGGUGAGGUUGAAGGGGCUCGAGUAUCUAGCAGAUGUGCUGCAAGUCACAACGAACGUUACUAUGGCAAUAUGGGAGCACUCAGGUGCCUAGUCGGCAAUCCCAGUGGAAGAAGCUUCGGAGAUGUAGCUUUCCUGGAACAUUCUAACCUCCUCCAGAACAUAAAGAAUCUGGAUAUUUCUGGUUGGGCAAAGGGCUAUACCCCUAUUGACUUUGAACUCUUGUGUCCAGAUGGAACGCGUGCUGCAGUCACAGAAUGGGCAGGCUGUAACCUUGGCCCCAUUCCCCCCAGCACAGUCAUGACUCGACCGGUCACUGUCACUAAAAUCUAUGACUUUCUAAUGAAAUCCCAGGAAUCUCUGGGAAGCAAAUUGAAUUCUGAAUUCCAACUCUUUCAAUCAUGGAAGUAUGGUGAAAGUGAUCUGCUUUUCAAAGACACUACUCAGUACCUCAUUCAUGCCAGUCACAUGAGCUAUCAGGAAAUUCUUGGAGUGCCUUUCUUUCAGCUGGCAGAAUCAGUGUUUAACUGUACACCUGCAGGCAUCUUAGACUUCUGCAAACAGGAUAUCUGUGCAUCUACAUUGAACUGACAGUUAAUAAGAGGCUUUGCGAGGCACAUACAUCAUCAUCAUUGAAAACAAGGAAAGCUGAAGUCCAACCUAUCCAAAGCGAUCAGCAAGGAGCAGCAGAGGCCAGUCUGCAUAACCUGCACAGAACUAGCAUCAGCAAUCCUGUACAGCUACUAAGGAGAAAUCAGCACUUUUGUGGAAAUAGCAGGGCCAAUACCAUGGACUAAAAUACAGACUGUCAGGAGUGGCACAGGUUAGUUGGUAGCAGUUUCCCUUGCUUAUCUUAUAAACUGACAUUUUGGUAGUUGCAGCACUGUCUUCUUCCAUCCAUGGUUUGGUUGCAGCUAGAUAGUCCUUGCUGAGUACCCAUAUAUGCUAUAGGUUGUAUAUGUAAUUGCUAUCAGAAGUAGUCUUUUCUGCUUUUAACUGGGAAGAAUAUAUUUGCUUUUUUAACCAAGGAUUUAUACCAGUAAAUCAAAAUAUUUUUCUCUCACAAAUUAAGCAGAAUUAAUCCAGCAGAACUGGAUGCUUGCAGCCUUCAGAUGAAGGAAAACAAUGGCUAUUCAUCCUUGUCAGUAUCUCCAACCAUUACUAUUGUAGUACUUUAGCACUUUGAAUCUAUGAUUCAAGUGUCAAAACAUGGUAUCUGAAUUAAACAACAUGGGUUUUACAAGCAGAAACUGCCUGAACAUUAUAUAAAGCCUUUUGAACAGAAUGUAUCAUAUAUUCAUUUUGCUUGUUGUUGGAUAAAGAUUUAGAGUGUAUGGCUUUUCAUAGGCAGGGCUUAUUUCAUCGCAAGAGCCUUCUGGUCCCAUGCACAUGAACUAGGUAAGGUUGAGAUUUUUUUAUUAAAAGGGAGAGGGGAGAAAUCCUUCACCCCAAACUUUCCAGUCCUUUUUACAUCUAUUGCAGUUGUAUUAACCUCAGCUAGUAAUAAAUGGGAUACAAAUAGUGAA